AGAACAAGAAAAAUUAUAUAUUACGGCCACGCGUCUCCACGCUUUCACAAACACACGCACACACACAACGGCGUUGGUGGCGGGACGACUUCUACUUCUGCAGCGAGGAGCGUUGCGGUAAUCUAUCUAUUUCUCAAACAGGUAACCUUCCUUUACUUGAAUACGUAGCAUUUGAGCAGUACAACUUCUCCUUCUUCGUUGUUUUCUUUUCUGCUUCACUUGUAGGAUGUCUGUCACCGGCGUCUUCACUAAAGGCCGCGGCACCGGCCACGUCUCCGCCACCUCCGUCCUCCGCUACGUCCCUCGCGCGCGUGUGCCGUGGCAACCCAGCCGCUUCGGUCGCGAAAACUUAGCAGAGGACGACCUGGCGCGUCUCUGGGGUCUUGGACGCUACCGGACCGGUCCCGGCAACUACAACAGCGGCUACAGCACGGAAAAGACACACAGCCUCGAGGACAACACGAUCAACAUGAUUCCCAAGCACGAGCUAGAGAAGUUCAUGCCAGACAUCUCGCUCGGUCCCAAGGCGCUGGUGACGCCGGUGUCGCUGAUGAGUGCGCGCAACGGGCACCGCGUGACGCACGACCUCCUUCACUCCUAUGACCCGUAUGUGGGCCGUCUGCAGAAGCCGGCGACGGUCGACCACGACAACAUCACGGUGGAGGACCCAAAUCGGGUGGGGCUGAACGCGGCGACGCUGGACUGCCGCGGCCGCAUCUACCGCUGGCUGCGUCGCGGUCCCUUCUUUCAGGAGGACCACUACUUCCGCCGCUCGACCCGAGUGCAGCGCGACGGCCAGCUCGCGGUAGCCGUGCAUGAGGUGCCGCUGAUGCAGCGCAUCGUCCGGCUGGCGCGUCGGGGCCAACUGAAGCUCGCCUGCGAGGAGUACCGCAAGACGACGUCGGUGCCGCCUGUGGAGGUGUACCGCGCGCUGACCGCCGCCUGUGUGCCCGGCGCGAAGCUGGCCGACGCCAUCGCCAUCUUUGAGGACGGCAACACCCGGCUCUUUUACGCGGCGCGGGACGGCGAGGUCCUCUACAACCUCCUCCGCUGCGCGAUGCGGGCGAAGCACCGGGUGCGAGUGAUGUGGGUAUACAACGUAAUGGUGGGCAGGCACUACGAGAACGUCGUGGUGCGGGCGGAGGUGGACCCGAUCUGGCGCUACCGCAUUGCGAGUCUGGCGCUGGAGUACCUGCUGGAUCACAACGCCGGCGAGGAGGCGCGCGUAAUUUACAGCUACCUCGCCGAAGCGCAGCUGCUCGAUUGCGACCUCUACGUCCGCCUCGGGCACGUCAUGCAGCAGGCACUGCAGGAGGGCAAGACGGUCCAUGCGAGGUCGGGGGCGUGGGAGGGCAUGGCGCUGGCGCAAAACGCCGCUGCGGUUGCGCCGCAGGUGGUCGCCGCCCUCUACGCCCGCUAUGCGGAGACGAUGAAGGAGGAGGGCGGCGAUGCGGUGAGGCGGCCGGGCUGGUCCCUGGCGGACCCCGCCACAACAAAGGCAGACGUUGACGCCACCGCUGCGGUGGCCUGGCUGCGGUCUGCGUUUCCGGACAUCGACCCCAUCGCCGUUCUACGACUUGCGCGCUUCCGCCGCAGCGCGAAAGACCUCAUGGCGAAGGACCGUCCCGCCUACGUCCAGCGCGCCGCGCAGUGGGUGGAGCUGCUGAGUCCGGCGCAUCAGGCGCGCGAGGAGGCCCCGCUCACGUACCUGCGCAAGUCCCGCCCCUCGCUGACAAACGCGAACGUGCGAGUCGCGUGGUUGCCGGAGCGGCAGCGGGCCCACGCGCUGCUCGCCCGCGACGAGGGCUUCCAGUUCGCCUACGCCGGCCCGGAGAGUCGCUUCGUCGAGGAGACCUUCUCGUACGGCGGCAGCACGUUGGAGAGUCGCUACUUGGCCCAGCAGCCGAUCCACACAGAGGUCACGGCGAGCGUGGAUUUGAGUGGCAGUCGUGCGGAGGACAACGCCGCUGAUGGGCGCUGGCCUCGUCUCGGGCCUUCCGCAACGACGCCGCGGAUUUUGCACGCGUCGGUGCUGCAGCAGUCAUCGCUGAGCUCCAGCGGCGGCGGCGCUCGCACGACGUUGCGUCCAGGUGGCAACGCGGCUGCAGCGGCUGCGUCGGCGGCGGCAUCUGGUCCUGGAAUGGCCUCCGCCCACGAAGCCGCCGACAAGGCAUUUGAGAAGGACCACUUUUGA